GAGCGAGCAGACGCGGCCUUCAAAAGCGGCGUUCGCCCGUUUUUUUCUCGAGGUUCUGUUUUCUCUCCACGACCGCUCACCCAGCCCGAGGAAUCGCCCAGCCAAACCUCUCACCACAACCACCACAUCAGGACAGCGAUGUCAGCCACGUCCUGGGCCAUCCUCUACAGCAGUGCGCUCAAUGCCACUGUGCCCCAAUGCCUCGACACCACCCUCAGUGUCGGCACCCGCAUCGCAAGGAUUGGCGACCUCAUGCAGCCCUUGGACCGCUGCGGGUCCGUCGACGGCGACAACAGCUUCCACUUCUACUCGCUCAACACGGCCACCAGCACCAUCACGGAUCGCAGCUGCUCCGAUCCCACCUGCACCAUGUGCACCACCUCGUCCUACACCGUCGACCCGUCGACGUCAAAGUGCCUCGGCACCCACUGGACAUUCCCGAGCCCUUCGUCGGACUAUACGUCGCUCAGCAACUUUGACUCGUCGUUCAACGCCACCAACUUCAUGUACCAGCCCAACUUCCUGGACCGCUUCUGCGGCACUGUCAGCUCGGCCUGCCGAAACCCCAUCUACACGACCUGCACCCGCCUCGGCCAGGACUUUUACGGCUACUCCGUCUACGGCACCAGCGGCAGCAUUGCAUACGUCCAGCCCUACGGCUGCACCGAUCCGCAAUGCAACAACUGCUUCAUCGAUCCAUCGGUGCCUCCGAAUUUCGUCGCCGGCUCUACAAACGAGUGCUUUGCCGACACCAACACCACCUCGGCCCGAAAGUACACUCUCGUCAACAACACAGCUAUACCCACCGCCUUUCCGAACGGAACUGUGCCUGUUGUGGAUCUCAAUGCCCAUCCCGAUCCCUUUGUGCCCCUGUCGUCGCCGCCCUCGGGCCCCGCUGCUCCGGGAAAAACGAAUCUGACGGUGAUCCUGAGCUCGGUGUUUGGAGUCCUGGUCCUCUCGGGAUUCAUCGCCGGCGCCAUCUUGUUCUACCGCUACCGACAAAAGAAAGGUUUGUUUGAACCAAAGCGCACCUCUGAGCCUUCAGAGACCUUGGACAACGAUUUGUCCAAGUUUGGUAUCAAUCUGGCACCCGUCUCCAACGCUCCGCCAUCGGUUUCCAUUUCGGCCGCAGCUCAUAACAACUACCACAGUAACGGCACCAGCAGCAGUAGCGGCGUCAACCCAUCGUACUCGGCCGUCAACCAAGAGCUCGGAGCCGCGGACUCUGUGCAGGGUGCUGGCACGUCUUAUUCUUCCUAUGCUCCUCCCCCAACAAGUUACCUCCCCGCCCCUAGUUCCGACCCUGCCCGCUCAGUCAGCGAUGGCACCUCUUUCGAACUCCAAAGCUCCCUUAUGCCUCCUGCUCCGGGCUUACCAGCCAUCAGCCAGACCUACACCAUACCUUCGUCGACCGCUAUGAUGCAGUUUGUUGCUGUUGAGGAUCAUGAAUCGCCAAAGGGCACGCAGGAGCUGCCCUUCUACAAGAACGAGACCAUCAAUGUCUUCCAGGUGUACCCCAACGGCUGGGCUAUGGCCCAGAACAACAACUCAUUGCGCUUUGGAUAUGCCCCGCUCAACAAGAUCAGAGCCUUGGGCCCCGAGUCCGUGCACGAUCCCAGCCUUCCUGCUUACUCGGAGAGCUCGCACUAAUGGAGAUCCAUCGACAAUCGCCGCCAUUCACAAUAUCCUGUCCGCCUUGCCCGAGACUGAGUAACGAUCGGUCGCAUCCGGUCCAGUCGAGCUGGAGACAUGAUGCAUCCGCAUAUCUGUAGAUCGUGGGACUUCACCCCAUCCCCUGCGUCCACACUUUUCUAUUCAUUCGCUUAGAUCCGGGCUCGUCCGAUUGAGCUGCUAGUCUCGUAUCAGUCAUUCUUGUGCGCUUUUUUCUAUCGUCGGUGAUUUCUGUUUCAUCCUCUUUCCAAUUUCUGCUCAAUUUAGGCUUCUCUUCCUUCCCUCUUUGACUCCGAUAGCUUCUGCAACAUGGCCAGGAGCAGUCAUGAUUCCUCUGUGGGCCUUGAAUACACAUGUUUGCCGUCCAUCACAUA